AACACAUUGCCUUCAAAUGCUAUUCGGAUCAACUCGGUGCGUGUUCGGCUCACACUUACUGCGGUAAACAGGACACUAUCGUUAUUGUAACGUCUUCCCACUGUUUGUUAAAGUUCUUCCUUUCGGAGGAGUGGAACAAUAUAAGCCUUAAACGUUUCGCGUAUCUAAUCUACAUUUUGACCUCGAUGGAGAAUGUUGGUCUUGUGUUCUUUGCAUUAUCUUAUCGCAUACAGUCGUCACACAGAGAGAAGUUAAAGCCGAUCGUAUCGAAGGAGGGCGUGCUUGUUGUUCGGCAGCUCAAAAUGAAUGAUUUGCAAUUAAACUUCAUUUAACCAUUACUACAGGCGCUAACUGUUUUAAAAUCCAUUGAUUGAUGGUUUGCCGCAGGGAAUCAUAUCUGACCUUUAUCUGUCUCUACUCUCUUCAGACUACUUCGACUCUCGUGUCAUUUCUUCAGGUACACACAGACCUGAUAACGCGCUGAAAACCUAUGCUGUUCUUUUAUCGAUUAGCAUAAUUAUACCUUUCAAAAAGCGGAAGAUGUCUUUUGUUAACUGCGUGAGAAGAGGACAAAAAGUGCAAUGUUUGUUUUAUUCCACUUCAAUGAUUGCCCCGCCGACGGCCCUUUUUCAAAUGCUUUCCCCUAAUUGUCUUUCUUACGCAACGAAACCUUGUAAAUGACAGGUCUUUAGUUGAAGCUUGCUUGUUUAGAAAGUGCUAAACGUCCCUGGAGAUUUGUCUAAAACAAUACAGGAAGUUUUUAAGUCUUAAAGAAGUUAUCUAAUUUGUGGAUGAAUUGGAAUUUUGUCCGAAUUUCACCAUAAUUAGUCAAGUACAGACACAAAGUAAAAAUAAGAUUCAGUUGUAUAGAAUAUCUACAUCCACGGUGAAUUAAAUAUGGUCUCACAGAUUUAAUACCAAGCACUCAGGUCCCGUCCACACUAGUAUACUUCUUCGGAGAAAUUUGAAAACGGCGCUUUCACCUUUGAAAUGCAUCAAAUGUUUUUCGUUCGCACAACGCCCGCGAAAUUUCUAAACGCAACAAUCACCGACUACUUUGGAUUUGUGUUUGAGGAAAACUUAGGUGGGGAAAACUUCAUUUACAUCGCCUGUUUUAUAUCAACCCAGUUUGGCUUUGAAGUGUUUGUGGAGUCAUAGAGAAAUAUUUCGUUGAUAGACAAAAACAAAAAAAACACGUAUUUCCGUGUCAUACCCUUUAGCUCUUGUACGGCUUCUUCAUAGAGGGCCAAGACUGGGGUGAUCGAAUCUCAGUUGUCAGUUAAAUCUCUCAGCCUCGGCUCAUUUCUCAACGUUCAAUAAAUAUUGUAGAUCUUAAAUCUCAGAAAUCAGUUUUAAAAAAUGCAUUAUUUCACAGCUGACAUUUACAACUUUGACCAAUUCUCAGCUCAUCCGAAAGAGAAGCGCAAACCUCCAUUGAUCAGUUUUAUUAAUUCUUUUAGAGUUCGUUGAAUUUGCACAGCAGCUAUGCAAAUGACCGUUCUCUGAGGUCAGCAGACGUUUAUACACAUGCGAACACUUCUUUAGCCCUUAUUAGGAAUAUCGUUAAGAAUGUAGACGGAUUCUCAACAACAACAACGCGAGAAACGCAAUGUGUCCAUUCACAUUCAAAAUGUACCUGCUUGCCGGUCCCAGUCACUUUUGGGUGAUGACAACCUUGAUUUCAGGUUGGAUUUGAAUCAGUAAAGCCUGCUGAAUUCUUUCUGUAUCCAAAGUGUAUUUGUCAUUGCCUUCUUCUCCUAUCCAAAGUUAUGCCUUGGGUAUAUUUUUAGCAUGUUUGUAUAAAUAAAAGUUGACCUUCCUCACCCCUGUCGUUCUUCUGCGAGCUUAUGCAAAGUUUCUAUCGGUUGAUAGCUGGCGAGAGGCGAAACCGCGAGUCGAUAAAACUGCAAGAAUGAGGUAUCGAACUGUUAAGUUUGGUAUAAGCCAUUUUCGUUGCCAUCCGCGCUGCAGUUGGUCUAUUAUUAUGUCGUCUAUAAAAUGGAUUUGUUGACAAAUUUGGUUUAAUAUUUCCGGCAGUGAUGGUCAGUGAUGCUACAGGAAAACGACGUGCGCUCCGAGGGGCCAAGGGAUUCCUAUCAAUUUAUAAUAGGCCCUAUGUAACCACUCAUACUGUGAAGACAUCGGAAUGGAGAGGAACGGCCUGUCAGAGAUCACACCAAGUCCGAAACUGCACAAGAAGAACAUCAUCUUACAGAAACACAAGGAUUCAACAAGUGCCAAAGACUCUGCAGACCAGACAGACCGGAAGAGUUCACACAAAAAGAACAAGGAUCAGUUGGAUCCAGAUGGCAUUAUGUCAAGUCCGCGUCAAGAGAAACGAAGUCCUUUUUCGCUCCCCAAAUUUGGCAGCGGCAAUAAAACGUUGGAUCCUGAAAGUCUUGCUGCGGAAAAACUUCAAGAUACGCUAAAGUCAGAGAAAAAGAAAAUGCAGAAACAACAAAAGACGCCAGACUCUGCAAGAACCCCGGUUUACCUCGUGGAAAAUAUUCAAGAUGGUGUAGACUCUGCGCUAAAGGAGGUCGUCACUGGAAUUCUACCGAUCAGUUACGAAGACGAAAUUGUGCAGAAACGGACUCAGAUUUUGAGGGACCCUUUGCAGGUUUUGCUUGUGUUUCCAGAGGACGAUGUUAUCGUAAGUACAGUAGCGAUUGGAGGCUUCUAAAUAUUGUUGUGUUCAACCGCAAGAUAGUCAUGCGCGAGUUGAUUUUAGCCGCAGGAAUAUUCACGCGCUUAGUUAUGAUAAUAAUGCAAAAAAAUGUUUGCCAAGUUAAUGCUGUCCUCCAUGGCCAACUCUUUUUCCGUGUUGUACCGACCAGGUGCAAAUUGAUGUUUUUAAAAACACCAAAACAAUGAAAGUGGCCCUUUUAAAAGUACCCUUUGUGCCAAAUAUGCGUCACAUUCUUGAAAGCACUUUCAAGGCUUCUUGGAUAAACAAAAUGUUUCCAAAAGAGCAAGAUCGAUUUCAUUGAUUGAUUAUUGCUGGGCUAAAAUGCACACAUCUGCCCUCUGUGUUCGAAAUACCUGCCAGAUUAUAUAAUUCUACUCGCUGCAAAUGUAAACCGGAUUAAAUUUAUUCUGCGGAUUCCGUUGUUUUAUUUUGCUUAAGCCUGUCUGGGAACUUUUACGUGUUGGUCAAAUAUUUUCUCCGCGACCGGCGACCGAUUCCGGCAUUUAAAGAAUUACCUUUAUUUUUUCAUCUACUCUUGGAGAUAUUUUUCUCAUCGAAGAGCAUCAAGUUUGUUGACCUUAAAUUAAGAAUUAAUUAUGUGUAAGGUCUGGGUUUUUGUUCCCUGAGUAGUAUUUUGUUUCCAAAUCAGGCAAAUGUAAGAUAUUAAAAUUUUAUGAUAGCGCUGAUGCGUGCGUCAAUCCAACGUCUCAUCCAUUUGAAAACAACCUAAAAACUACUGUCAUGUCGACGGAAUUCUCAGAUCCAGAUGAUUCUUUCCAAGUCAUAGUAAGUCAUUUUUCCUGUUAAAAUAUGUUUUUUUAGAUUUGCGCAUUUAAAUUGUCAAAAGAUAAAAGCAAUUCAAAUCAUGCCCGACUUGUAUUGUGACUGAGUUUCAUUCAGGAAAUCUUGUCAUGAGCAGACACGAGCCGGUUAAUAUUUCACAAAUGAACUUCGUUUUGAACAUUGAAUCGCAUCUCGCUUAAUAUUUAAAGAAAUAUUUUUGAUUUUUUGUGGUAAGCUCUUCUUGACUUUUCCUUUAAGUCAAAAAUCGCUUCCAUUUGAAGGCAUAAGUUAUUUUGUUGUUUUCAAGAAAUUGUGUGACAUGUUUUAUGGAUAUUUGUACUCUCGAGCGUGGGUUAAGAUUAACAGGCUUUGCUCCAGAAGAUCUAGAACUUCUAUUUUUUCUGUACUUGAUAAAAU